AAAAUUUGAAAUUGGUUUUGAAUUUUGAUAAUGUUGAUUGUUGAACUGCUAAAGUUCUGAACUUCAUAAAAAAAAACUGCCUGAAAUGAUGAAAAGCUCUUUGAAAUUCUGUCUACGACUGUCGUUUUUUCUGUAGCUUUCUACGGCCAUCAAUAAAAGGGCUAAACCUUUCAAAAUUUAUUUCUGGCGGAAAUUCAGUGAGACUCCAUUAUCACUCAUACUAGUUUUGUUUCAUUUUCAUUUUGUUAAUUUAACAGCGAAUUUUACAUGGCUGGAGAUAGUGAUGUAGAAAUGACUGUAUCCUCUGAAGGAAAUAUCAACAAAUGUCGACAGCUGGCAAGGAAGCAUUUCGAUCUCGAUUUGCACAGCACAGCGUUAUUUUGGGCCGACAAGGUGUGUUCUAUGAGUAAUAAUGAUCCUCAAGACGUCUAUUUUCUCGCAAGAUGUAUGUUUGCGAUGAAACAAUACCGCAGAGCUAUUCUAGUGAUCCAGACUCUUGGUUUAGAUAAGACUGAUAUCUACUGUCGAUACAUCGUUAUAAAAUGUCUCAUCGAAGUAAAAGAGUACACCGAAGCUCUAAGUAUGCUGAUGAACGAAGACAUAGCAGAUAGAAAACAUUCUACUACUACUCGUACUUUUCAAAACUUGGACCAGGAUUCGUUACUGAAUCUUUUCAAUGUGCCUGAAGAAGAAUGUGGAAGUUUGCAGAGCGCUUUCUCAACAUUGAAAGGCCAAGUUUACGAAGCGUUGGAUAAUCGAAAUUUAGCUACCGACUGUUAUAAAGAUGUUCUACAUAAAAAUAUAAACUGUUUCGAAGCGUUAAAUGCGUUACUUCAGCAUGGUUUAUUGACUAGUUUAGAAGCUCAAAAUUUAUUAGAAUCAUUCACACCUCGAGAAAGCAGUGAUAGUGUAGAAGAUGUUGUUACCAAACCACUUUAUCAAAUUUUGCUGAGAUCUUACAUAGGCGAUAGUUUGUUACCUCCGGAAGUUUCCAUAUCUUUGCCUCCAGCUCUUGAAAUGAAUUCUGAUGUACUCGCUUCAGAAGCUGAAAGAUUAUAUUAUAAUUGUUCCUAUAAAGAGUGUUUUGAGUUGACUGAAUUAGUAUUAAAGAAAGACAAGUACCAUACGGUUUGUUUAAUGACUCAUAUUGCUUGUUUAGUUGAACUUGGAUAUAGAAAUAAAUUAUUUUAUUUAGCUCACGAACUGGUUGAUGUGCAUCCUGAAGCAGCCAUCUCAUGGUUGGCUGUUGGAUGUUAUUAUUACUUAAUAGGUAAACAUGAUUCUGCUAGAAGAUACCUAAGCAAAGCAACACUAGUUGAUAGCAUGUUCGGCGCAGCCUGGUUAGCCUAUGGUCAUUCAUUUGCCGCAGAUAAUGAACACGAUCAAGCAAUGGCAGCUUAUUUUAAGGCUUCCCAACUCAUGAAAGGAUGUUAUUUACCAUUAUUGUAUAUCGGAUUAGAGUGCGGAUUGACGAGCAAUACUGGUUUAGCAAAUAGGUAUUUUCAAGAAGCCAAACUUCUAGCUCCUAAAGAUCCAUUUGUGAUACAUGAAAUGGGUGUUAUAGCGUAUCAAAAUCAUAGAUUUGAUAAAGCUGAGAAUUACUUCAUGGAAACCCUGACUCGUUUGAAAGAAAUCAACGAGCCAUUACUGGCAGAUAAAUGGGAAGCUUUGUUCAAUAAUUUAGGCCACGUUUCGAGAAAAUUGAAAAAAUACGAUAAAGCUUUGGAAUACCAUCAACAAGCUUUAUUAUUCGCUCCUUUAAACGCAUCUACGUUGACUUCCAUCGGAUUGGUUCAUUCAUUAUGUGGGAAUAUUGCCGAAGCUGUGGAGACAUUGCAUAAAUCAUUAGGACUCCGUAGAAACGAUUCGUUCACGACGACUUUACUCAAUUACGUUAUCGAACAGUUGGUUGAUCACGAAGAACCUUUCGAAGGAUCAGAGUUGGUGGAAAGUAUUAAAAUAACCAGCGAAGAACAUAAACCGAAAUUUAAAAAGACUGCUUGGACCCAGAAUCCAGAAAGUCCUGUUGUAUCGUUUGAAGAGAACGAUCCGAUGAAUAAUGAUAACGAUCAGAAUUACUCUGCUCUUAGUAUAGAUACGGAUAUGUAAGUUGGAAUUUCUUCCCGAGAAUGUUCGUUCGUAUUGUGAUUUGAGAAUCGUGGUCAUUUGAGGAUAUCACCAUCUCUAUCUUGAGGUACCUACUCGAGGUGCUCGAAGUAGUUCCUGUUUUACGAGUUAGUUUACAAGAAUAGCGCCGAAAAUUGCUUUGAUUAUACAGGCUUCCUUGUCUUUCACGAAGGGCUCGAAUACUAGUCUUGUAGUGAAAUUGUAUCGAAUUUUCCAUUGGAUUAAUUUGGCUGUAUCACUGACAAACUUGUAUUUUACUGUCCAAGUGAAUGGAAGAAAGACUAGUUUACUAAUUCAAAUGUAGGCUGUGAUUGAAGUAUGAAUUUGCCUUUUUUAAAAUAACCUUUAACUAUAAAUUUUACUAUUCGAAGCAAGUCCCCCUAUUUUUUUUACUUACAAUUUGGCGAAAUUGUAAAUGUACUAGGUGAUGAUGGAUUUUCAAUUUUUUUACAUUGAAAACACGUCUUGAAUCAUUUUGUAUUUUAUUUUUCGAGUAAUAACACAUCUUGUAAAACCAGUGAACUCAAAAUACAACGAUUUCAUUAAUUAA